GGGAGGGUGGGGGGAGGAGAAGGGAGUGGGAGGGGUGGGGGUGAGGGGAAAGGCGAGAGGUUUAGUGUGUGGAGCUGCCUGCGCUCCGCCCGGGCUGUCAGUCCCGGCUCCAGCCGCCGCGAGACCUUCCCGGAGACGCGCGCACACACAGCGCACCCCCUGCACACCGCACACCCUCGCUCCCUUGCUCACACACACGCACACACUCAGCCUGGCCGAGCAGGAGCCACUGACCAUUUUGCAAGUGCCAGGACCAGCUACAGCGCAGUGGGCGCAAACAUCCCGCUUUCCCUUUCCGGGCUUUAGUCUGGGAGACGACGACGAGGGAAGAAGGUGGGCUCGGACGCAGCCUAGGCGCCGGGCACUGGUCGGGCCGUUUUCCUGGCAGAGCCGCUCCCCGGGACGGGCGCGGGCCUCGGCUGAGAGUAGAAUAAAGAGGAGCGGCCGCAACCGCCGCGCGAGGAGGAUGGGAACUCCCCUAUUUCCAGCUCUGGAAACAAAUGGAUGGAAGUCCUGAAUGGAGCAACUGCUGACUUCAUCUGCUUGGAAAAAUAGUCCAGAGGAACUCAUAUUUGGCUACUCAGAGCAGUGGAGGGGGUGUCCAUGACGUGGCAGGGGGAAAAUAGACAACUGAAACCUCCCUUGUGAACUGCAAACUGUGACCAAGCAAGGGGAAAAUGAUCUUUCUCUAUAUAUUUUAAUUUCGUGCAAAGGGUUUCAAGCAUCUGUAUCCUAAACUUACUUCUAUGUCUUGUUCAGCAGAAACCAGAGGAGUCUUGUCUGGGGGUCCCAUCAUUAUUCGGGAUACCCGCCGCCAGCGGCCUGCCUUCGGUUACCCACAUCCCCUGGAACGGAUAUCUGUUUGGGGCACUACAAUCUAUCCUGUAGAACUAUGGCCAAAUCUCCAUCAAUGCUUUGCUAAUUUCUGGGACUUAACUCGUAGAAUCUACAUACAGGGCUGGAAUUUAUUCAAAAUGCAUCUGAAGAAAUGACAUUUUAAACCGUUUCUUAAAAUAUCUUGAUAAAAAUUUCUGUAAAACAGAAUUUGAUAGGUUUAAAAACAUGACAGCAGGCUCCCGCGGCGGCCGGGACCUCGCAUCCCUGCAACGUGGCCGGGGCUGCAUUUUUCAUGAGCCCAGGGUGAACAGGUGCGAAGUGCGCUGGGAGCAUCCGGCCAGCGGCCCGGCGCGGGGAACAUGGAGAGCGAGCGCGACAUGUACCGCCAGUUCCAGGACUGGUGCCUCAGGACUUACGGGGACUCAGGCAAGACCAAGACGGUGACCCGUAAAAAAUACGAACGGAUCGUCCAGCUCCUCAAUGGCUCCGAGUCGAGCUCCACGGACAACGCCAAAUUUAAAUUCUGGGUCAAAUCGAAGGGCUUCCAGCUGGGCCAGCCGGACGAGGUCCGCGGGGGAGGCGGCGGCGCCAAGCAAGUGCUCUACGUGCCUGUCAAGACCACGGAUGGCGUAGGGGUAGAUGAGAAGCUGUCUUUACGACGGGUAGCUGUGGUUGAAGAUUUCUUUGACAUUAUUUAUUCAAUGCAUGUGGAAACGGGGCCAAAUGGAGAACAAAUUCGGAAACACGCUGGACAAAAGAGAACUUACAAAGCAAUUUCAGAGAGCUAUGCCUUCCUACCAAGAGAAGCGGUGACACGAUUUCUAAUGAGCUGCUCAGAGUGCCAGAAAAGAAUGCAUUUAAACCCAGAUGGAACAGAUCAUAAAGAUAAUGGAAAACCUCCCACUUUGGUGACCAGCAUGAUUGACUACAACAUGCCAAUUACCAUGGCCUACAUGAAGCACAUGAAGCUGCAGCUGCUAAACUCACAGCAAGAUGAGGAUGAAAGUUCAAUAGAAAGUGAUGAAUUUGACAUGAGUGAUUCAACACGGAUGUCAGCUGUGAACUCUGAUCUUAGCUCCAAUCUUGAAGAAAGAAUGCAAAGUCCCCAGAAUCUUCAUGGCCAGCAAGACGAUGAUUCUGCUGCAGAGAGCUUUAAUGGCAAUGAGACUCUGGGGCACAGUUCAAUUGCUUCAGGGGGAACACACAGCAGGGAGAUGGGAGACUCCAACAGUGAUGGCAAAACUGGGCUGGAGCAAGAUGAACAGCCACUGAACCUGAGUGACAGUCCCCUCUCUGCGCAGCUAACUUCGGAAUACAGAAUAGAUGAUCACAACAGUAAUGGGAAAAACAAAUAUAAGAAUCUUCUAAUUUCUGACCUCAAGAUGGAACGAGAGGCAAGAGAAAAUGGAAGCAAGUCUCCUGCACAUAGUUACUCCAGCUAUGACUCUGGCAAAAAUGAGAGUGUAGACCGAGGAGCGGAGGACCUCUCACUAAACAGGGGAGAUGAGGACGAAGAUGACCACGAGGACCAUGACGAUUCGGAGAAAGUUAAUGAGACAGACGGCGUUGAAGCCGAGCGGCUGAAAGCUUUUAAUAUGUUUGUCAGGCUGUUUGUAGAUGAAAACUUGGACCGAAUGGUCCCAAUCUCUAAGCAGCCCAAAGAAAAGAUCCAGGCUAUCAUUGACUCAUGCAGGCGACAAUUCCCUGAGUAUCAAGAGCGUGCCAGAAAACGUAUACGUACUUACCUCAAGUCCUGCAGGCGGAUGAAAAGAAGUGGUUUUGAGAUGUCUCGACCUAUUCCUUCCCACCUUACUUCAGCAGUUGCAGAGAGUAUCUUGGCUUCAGCUUGUGAGAGUGAGAGUAGAAAUGCCGCCAAGAGGAUGCGUCUGGAGAGACAGCAGGAUGAGUCUGCUCCAGCUGACAAACAGUGUAAACCGGAGGCGACCCAGGCCACUUACUCAACAUCAACUGUUCCAGGCUCACAGGACGUGCUGUACAUCAAUGGAAAUGGGACCUAUAGUUACCAUAGUUACAGAGGGCUAGGAGGGGGUCUGCUAAAUCUGAAUGAUGCUUCCAGCAGUGGACCCACUGAUCUCAGCAUGAAGAGACAAUUGGCGACUAGCUCAGGAUCCUCCAGCAGCUCAAACUCCAGACCCCAGCUGAGUCCAACUGAAAUCAAUGCCGUGAGACAGCUUGUUGCAGGAUAUCGAGAAUCAGCUGCAUUUUUAUUGCGAUCUGCAGAUGAACUGGAAAAUCUUAUUUUACAACAGAACUGAGACAGACGACCACCAUAUUCACUGAGGUCUAAAUUUGCAGUUUCCACUAAUGACAUUUUGAUUUCCCAACAGAGAUACUUCUGGUCUUACUGCACAGUCUUUUAAGAGAAAUACUUCCAUUAUGCCACAUUGUCCUUGAUCCCUAAGUGAUGUGUUAAGGUGCUUCAAAGGAACUCUGACCUCUGAAGUACUUGAGAUACUUUAAUAUGUCCAGCCUAUUGCUUUUUGUUUUAGUGUGUCAGCAUAAAUAUCAGGGGCAUAAAAGGCUAUCUAUUCUUAAUUCAAGGAUAAAACAGAAGAAGCUUGUGGUAUAAAACAAUAGUUCCAGAUCCAGCUGAAAUAUUAGUGGAAUUUGCUACUGACUCAUUGGACUGAAAGCUGAAGUACCUGGCAAAAAAAAAAAAAAAAAAAAAAAAAAAAGCCAAAUUUCUUGUUGCUACAGGAUAUAACAACAAUGAAAAGGAUCUUGUAUUUUAAAAAAAUAUGUAAUUUUUAUAAAAAGAAAACUUGUUUUUCAUUCAAACUUGUCAUUUUUACUUUGGUAACUUUUUCAUAGGUCCUAAAAGAAAACUGUUUUGAGAAACUACUGUAAGUACUUUUUCCACAUCCCUUUGCCUUCUCCUCUUUCCAAAUUCUUUCUACAAAAAUAACACUUGAUGCUGGAAAAACCCUUGCCUACGUUCUUUCAAUCGUCACAUCAGGAACUACUACCAAGAGAAGCCUGCAUUUCUGCUCUCAUGCUGAUCUCAAAAACCCCACUCAACACUGCAACUUUAUCAUAGCAGUUUUCAUCCCAGAAUUUUUUUUAAUAAUGACAACACAUAUUGUUGAAAAAUAAUCACACCUUGGUUUCUUAGAGCUGCUCGUUCCUGAUUGCCGCUGCUGUCUCCAGGCAUCCCUCUAGCAGCACCUGGAUGUACAUGACUGAAUGUUAAGAGGUUGCAAGUGACAAUCUGAAAAUUUGCACUCUUGUGUGUAGUUCUUUUCAUUUCUUUUAGAAAUAGUUUCCAAAAAGACCAUUACGUCUCCUGAUAUGAUUUGUAUAAUUUUCAGUUCUAGCUAAAAAUAAUGUAAAGAACUCUCAGCAGAUGCAGCUGCAACUUACAAUGAACUGUGCCCUGCUAUCCCCCAUACUUUACCCUUCUUUCUUAUUUUAUAGUGUGGGAUACACAUGAGUGAUGUUUUCUUUGUGCACUGAGGCAAGCCUAUUUUUAAAAUAUUUAGGGAGAAGUACUUUAGUUCAUGCUUCUUAUACAACUUUUUUCUGUUGUUUAGCUUUGAUUGGAUUACAAAUUCUUUGUGCAUUCCUGAAUUUGCCUUAUUUCAUGUAAAAUUUAUGUCAUUCAGUUUUUGACAAUGAGUUUGAGGCAUCAGUGAUAUUUCUUAUCUACUUGUUACAUAUAGUUUUUCAAGUAAUGACUGUGAUUGUGACCGAGUAAUGUGCACUUUUUCUUGUAACUGUGGACAUUGCUAUGCUUUUUUCUUCUAGUGUUUCUAGAAUUACUGUUCCUACAAUUAUGUAAACAAAAAAAAACAAAAAAAAACCUUUUGUGAUACUGUUGGUGAAUAUAAUGUGAAAAUCUUAUUGAAAUAUGAGUAUUUUGGAAAUACAUAGCUGCACAAACAUCUUUUAAGAUGUGGAUUUAGAGUUUGCUUAUUUAAAUGAAAAUUCAAAAAUUGAGGGCUGGUAUAAUUUUUUCUGUUUUGUUUGGUUUAAUAAACAGAUUUCUGUGUUAAAACAA